AUAAUAAGAACAACAAUGGCAGCGCUCAGAGAUGGAUUGUUUUUGGCAAAUUUACCCAGUGAAAAUUCGCUUUUGGGCGUUGAACAAAGCAAUACAGAAGACUGCGUUGUUGUAACAUGCAAAACUGGUUUCAUUAAAUCUUACAAGCUAAGCGAUCAGAAACUAUUACAGAGCUGGUCCAUCAGCCAUGGGUCUCGGAUCUCAAGUCCAGCUGUUUGGAAUGAACAGCGGCAACAGCUGUUUACUGUCGACAAUAAGCAGGUUAUUAAAAUUUGGACCAAUGAUCAGAAAAACUUUGAAAAAGCACAUAAGAAGCGAGUGAAAUCAGAAGUGUUUUGUGUGGUGUCUGAAGAAGGGUUUGAACCUGUAGUUGUGUGUGAAAAGGGGAAAGUGGAUUUCUUCAGCAAAAUUAAGGGAUCUUCAAGUGAAGAAAAGUUUGAAGAAGGGGAGAUAACUCACUGGUGUCGAAGUUUCAAAUGUAGAGGCAACCAGUGUCUUGUUCUGAUAUCUGAAACAAAAGACAAGUUGUGUAGAAUACAUUACUUUCAAUACCAGGCAGACGGUCAGCAGUGGAUGCACAAGGUGGCAGCACCUAGACAGCUGAAUGGGAUUUCAAGUGUCGCCAGCUGCUGUCUUUCCAAGAAGCAGGACCCAACACUGCUUUUACUAACACAGAAUGGUGACAUACUUGAGUGUGGCCUUGGCCUCUCGAAGAAUACAGAGGAUCUUGUUACCUUGGCAACAGUGAACAUACAGCAGGAUGCCAGUAUCGUAGCUGUCGGUUUAUCACAUGUGGCUAUUGCUGGCAUCAAGAAUGACCGCACCUAUGGCCUGGGUAUUUUUGAUAUCAAGUUUAGAACUCUUUUAGUGUGGAAACCAUUUCCAGAGCCAGUCAGUGCAAAACCCAAGCUUUUCUGCCAGCACAGUUGCCUGUUUUUGACAUGUUCGCGAAACCUGUACACAUUUCCUUAUGAGUGUGAACAGUCGACACUAAUAAAGUUUCUGGGUCAACAACAAAAAGUGGCUGACAUCACAGAGAAGGACACACUUGUCGGCAUGGUGAUGUGGAGUGCGAAAACAAAACUGAACAAGUCUUCACAAGCUCGAAGCAAUGAAAAUAUUGCUGCAUUGCUGUCUGACUUGGUGAAUCGGGAAAAGACGCAAACUCUGUCUGAUUUCAAAGUGCUGUUUGAUAGCUUAGUAAAAGAGCUUAGAAAGUCCAUAAACAAGAUCUGGGUGGCCAGUGCUCAGAUGUCCGAAUUGGUCAAGAGAUGUUUUCAAGAAACGAAGUUCUGGCCGCGGAAUCAGAUCAGUCAGCUGGUAGAAAACAGUCUCAUCUCUACACGGGAGAUUCCGGCACUGUUUGACGCCCUGAUUGCUCACAAGGAGGUGGCUCUCCUCCAUCUAUCGCUGAACAUCCUGCCAGACAUCCCCGAGUCGAGUCUCGUCAGCUGUCUACAGUGUUACUUAGGAUUUUCUGAUGAGGACAUUGGAGCUGUGAUUGAUGGUUCCGAGGAUAUUCCAUCAUUUCCAAAUACCUACGAUCAUGUGGCUUGCAAUAUCAGUGCACCAAAAGCACACUUUAUUAACAAAGUGCUUGAUAUGCCUUACAGUGAUGUUUUCCUGGUGGAAUAUCUGAGAAACCUCAAGUUUCAAAAUACCCUCGUAUUGUUGGAAUACCUUCUGUAUUUGUUGAAACUGCCGCGAGACAAGUGUGUUGGUGAAAUACAAAGCAUGCCUGCCUUCUUGAAAGUCAUAGACUGGAUUUCUUUACUCCUCGAUACAAACCUCUCGCAGAUGGUUGUCUCCCCUGAUGCCAAAGUGUUGCUCAUACACCUGGACAAGGCCGUCACAGAACAGGUUCAACUUUACGACCAGUUCGUGUCUCUGAGCGCCACUCUCUGUCACAUGCAUUCUUUAGCUACCGUGCCAACCAAUAAGAAAGUUGGACAUUACUGGAUAGAAGUACUACAUGUUUUGUGAUUGGACGACAAAAAAUAAAAUUCAUCUGGCUUUCAAAUAUUAAAAUGUCCGAUGUCCA